AGCACAUUACUGCGCAAAAUAUAGACGAACAGGAUUACCAGGGCGGACAGCAGCAGUCCUCAAGAGUUGCAUGCGCUUAAUUGAACUCAUUGAAGCCAAGAGCAAUUAAAUCUCGCUGAGCAGGUUUCUGCUGGAUGGGACUGGAUCUGUUUUUGAGCACAAUUUUACAAAGUCCGAUUUAAUCCGCUAAUUCUUCGCCCCAGGCGCACUCAAAGACAACCGCCGUGUAACCUGGUGUUAGUCGCCGAACCGCAGUCAUGACCCUGCUGGCGAGCGUGCGACGCCACAGUAUCCGCGUACAGCAUCACCUGCACCGGUGGAGCAUUUGCGGAACGGAUGGAGGGCAGCUACUCAACGAUGCAUUCGCGCGCCCCGACAUCAGGAUGUCCCGGUCCAGUUCCUGCUCCUCCGCGUCCUCAGACUCCGCUCUCUCCACCGAGUCUGCGACCCCGGCUUCAGGUGGACCCUUUACUGUAGUUCUGCUCGGGGACAACGGCGUCGGGAAGUCCGCUCUCGCUAGUAUAUUCGCCGGAGCAUCGGACAGCAUGGGCAGCGAGUGCGAGUUAUAUGGAGGUGAAAUAUUUGAGCAGACAAUAACAGUAGAUGGCGAGAGGGCCAGCGUCACCCUACUUGACACAUGGGAUUCACAGGAUGAAGGCAGCUGGACGCAGCAGCGUUGUUUGCAGACGGGAGAUGCUUUCAUUAUAGUUUAUGCCAUAACAGAUCGUUCAAGCUUCCUUCGCGCAUCAGACCUUCGUGUUCAGCUCCAGCGUGAGCGUGAGGUUGACCGCACUCCCAUCAUCCUGGUCGGCAACAAAUGUGACCUGGUCCGCUGUCGAGAAGUGUCCAUUAGUGAGGGUCGUUCGUCGGCGGCUGUCUUUGACUGUAAGUUCAUCGAGACGUCCGCUGCAAUGCAACACAACGUCUGGCCGCUGUUUGAGGGCAUCAUCCGCCAGCUCCGUCUGAGAAGAGACAGCAUGGAGACUCUCAGCAGACGUUCAUCUCUUCAAAAGCGCAGGGAAAGUCUCCCAAAGAAGGCCAAGAGAUUCAUUAACAGAAUGGUUGCUAAGAAGAACAAGCAGGCAGCUUUUAAACUCAAGUCUAAAUCAUGUCAUGACCUGAUGAGUCUGUAACAGUGUGACUUUGAAUGCUUUUUGGGAUGUGUCUGAUUUGUUUUGCACCUAUUUUGCCAUAUGUGAUUAUUAAAAUAAAGCCAUGUAUGUCUAUAUUAGACUGUGCUGUGUAUCGCAGGCUUCUCGCUCCCUCUGUGAAGGACAGAACGCUUUAGUGUGAUCCAUCGCCCUCUAAAUCUUUCACAAACCAUGAAGUACAUCAGUGUUUUCGUGGGAACCCCAACCACUGGUCUUUGUUUCUUUUUUAUAUGAUCCUCCUGAUGGAAUUGCUUUUGAAUUGUGUACAUCUAUGUGUAUGUGUGUGUGUAAAACAACAUGUUUUGUCCAACUUUUGCUCAGUUUGAGCCUAUGAUAUCCAAAACCAAUAAAAUAUUGUUUUUUAUGAUGAA